AUGGCGAGCUGGAGGCAUGGAGUUGGAGUCCGUGGGGCCUUGGGCUAUCUUUGGCUUCAGGUGGCCUUUGCAGGGGAACCCAAGACCAAAGUGACCGCAGAUGACAGCAGGGCCUUGCAGAGCAGCGGCUGCUUUGAAGCUGUGACCUGCGAAGCUGGAAGCUUUCUGGAUGUUGGUGGCACUUGCCGUCGCUGCCCACCUGGAUACUUCACCCCACAAGCCAACAUGAGGCAGUGCCUGGAGUGUGAUUCGGGACGGUAUGCCGGUGAAGAGGGUGCAUCGCGGUGCAUUUCUUGUCCAGCUGGACGCCACGCCCCAAGCCCUGCCAGGACGGAGUGUAGAGACUGCCCCCCGGGCAGAUUCACCUCGCUCCCUCAAGCCAUCGAAUGCCUCGAAUGCCCCUCCGGGCGCUUCACUGCAACCACCAGCAACUGGACGGAAUGCCGCAAUUGCCUGCCGGGACGCUUCGCGAAGGGCCCUGGUCUCACCGAGUGUGAUGCUUGUCCCACGGGCCGAGCUGCCCCGGAAGAGUCCAGGAGCUGUGAGGAGUGCGAUGUUGGCCGCUUCUCCAAGAAAGAUGGGGCGUCAAUGUGCAAGUUCUGUAAGCCCGGGCACAUGCAGAAUAAGCGAGGGAAGUCUUCCUGCAAGGGCUGUGGCUCUUGGUAUUGGCCAAGGUCCUCAUUGCCGGACUACUCAAACUGCGAAACGGACUUUCAAGCCCUUGCCGGCCUGGUCCUGGUCUUCCUUAGCUCCCUUGGGCUGUUCAGCCUUUCGGGUAAAGUACUGAGGCACACAGUGCCCCUCCAAGAUGUGAAGCUCGAGGUCUCGCAGAGCAAAGGGCGCCUGAUCCUCACCACGCACGGCCACCAUCUCCUUCCAUGCACGGGCAUGUCCUGGCGCUCACCUAGUGCUUUCGCCGCAGUAGAGGAGACAGGCCGCCAGACGACCACGUCCUUCAACAUCGAUAGCUCCCGCGUGAAGCUGAAGAGAUCUCGUCAAGUCCCGAUCACAAUCUUUGGGACCGGGCAUCCUCAGCUGGAUGCAGAAUGCCAGACAGAGGGCUGGGUCUUUCCGGCAGCAGCUGCGGCAACCGCUUCUGCGAUUCUCAGCAUCGCCGAGAAGGUGAGGCCCCACUACCCUGAACCGGAAGAGUCGGAGGUCAGGGAGUCUCCAAGGUUUCUGGUGCAGGCGGUGACCAGCCAACACCUCCUACUGCUCAGCAAAGAUGGCCAUCCCGAAACCCGCGCCCUCGAAACUUCUCAGGGACAUUUGGUGGUGACUUUUCCAUCCACACUCUGGGCCGUUUGCCCUUUGGGAGUGCCACUCUUUGUCCACCUCUCCACUCUGCUGGCGCUCUUCGCUGCGCCAGCCUGCGCCUUCUUGCGCCGCUUCUUGGGGCUCUUUGCUGUGGCUGUCGGCCUGAGCCUGGUCGUCGGCGCUGGCCUGGCAGCUUUCUUUGGGCACAGGACCUUCACACCUUUGCAGCUGAAGCUGAUUCGGCACAAGCUGGAUCUGCAGCAGGCGGUGCCGACUCCUCAGGAGUGCCCUCGGGGUCCAAGCCGUGCCGUCAAGGGUGGGCAGCUCUGGUGCUUCUACGACACUUUCGAGCCAUUCAUCCGCAGUCGGACCUUGUACUACGUGGUUGCGAACAUCAUCAAGCCACUGACCAGGGAGGCUCAACUCUCCUACGCCGAGGUGGCGGGCCCGCACGAGACGGGCUGGUUUUGCUCCCACUUCUGGGGGACCUCCUUCGCGCAUUUCGUCCGCUCCAUCUGCAAGCAUGCGGAAGCCGCAUGUGGUUCGCAUGGCUGCGCCUGGCAGGACAUCACAUACUGGAUCUGCAGCUUCAGCAAUAACCAGUGGAGGAUCCAAGAAGAGCUGGGAAUCUCUUGGGAAUCCUCCUCCUUCUAUUUGGCCCUCAAAAGCCCCAGCUGCUGUGGAACGGCUAUGGUGGUCGACGACUAUGCCAUGCCAUUGACACGUGCCUGGUGCCUCUUCGAAAUCCUUCAGACCCGGCUAAAGGAGAACGAGGCCGACAACUUUCAGGGCCUUUGGCUCUGUACCUCAUCAGGAGUGCUCCAUGAAGGGAAGGCCGGCGUCGACGUGGCCAUGCGCAUCGCAGAGCGGCUGGCAACAUUGCGCUUGGAGGAUGCCACGGCCUCCGUGAAGAAGGACAAGGACAUGAUCGACGAGCUCGUUGCACAGAUGCCAGGUGGGUUCCCUGCAAUGAACCGAUUUGUUCGUCAAAAGAUUUACGAUGCCCUGCUGGCGAUGCGAUCAUCGUUUUCAGCAGAUUUUAACACCCUGCUGCAAUCCCUGCACGGGGAGACCAAUACGCUUCUACAGUCCUUGCACACGCAAGGUUCAGCAGUGCCAGCGGCUUUGCCACCUGCUCCGGUCUCAGAGGAGGCUCAUGAGACUGACGAUCCGGAGCUGCAGAUGCCCCCUGUACCCACAGCGCAGGCACAGGCAGGCGGCGAGAUCCUUGGUAGCCUAGGCAUCCUCGAGGUGCCUUUGGCCCCUUUGCUCUCUCGGCCAGAGUCGGCCCCCAGAGUGCCGGCACUACGCACCUCUGCCGCGCGAGGCGACAAUGAUUGGUACGGGAGUUCGACCAGCGGCACUCCGCGGAAGGAGGACGAGGGAGCAAAGAAUGCAAAUUGGCUGUCCCCCCUGCUUCUGAGAGUUCUGCCGAGGAUCUGCACUUCCCCAGCGGCCACAACUCACCACGUGGAGAAGACAAGCCGGACCCAGUGCCCAGGCCCAUGGGAAGAGGGAUCUUCUGUAGCGGGCUGCAGCCCAUUCUUUCCGAGGCCUGGGCCGUCCGUGCUGUUUGAGCCAGAUGGAGUAGCCGAAAACACCACGGCGAGCGACGCCGUGCCAGAAAUGGACAGGCUGCCGAUCAGGACUGCUGAGCAAGAAGCAGAGGACACUGAGGAGGCUGACCUGGAUGCGAUGAUCCCUUUCAGUGCCCGUGAGAAGGUGCAGAGGCAGAUCUCGCCUCAUCUCCAGGUGGUCGAGCAGCCGCAGGUGCCAAUUGCUCAUGGCAAGGGCAACCAGGCUGCCAGAUCGCCCGAGGGCUCGAACAGUUCGCUGGGCUUCGCCUCGCCAGAAGUACCACAGGAGGCCAGCGCUGGGAGCUUCAGCUUCGGUGAUCAAGGUCAAAACGGUCUUGGUGUCCUCGGCGAGGCCAGCCCCCUGGAGGAAAGGCCAGCCAGAGGCGAUUUUAGCACUAGCGCCUCUUCUACGAGCAAGUUGCCUGCUCAGGUGGCGCCGGCUGCUACAUCCGACCGACAAGGAGGAGGUGUGCCAGCCGCCAGAAAGACCCCGGGAAUCCUGCGCGACUUAGGCCUUGAUGAGUCCUCCGAUGAUACGCCAAAGACCGACACCAAGGAGGCAGCACAGCCGCCAUCGACCUCCCCGGCACCCUCCACCCCGGCUUCGGUGGCGUCGCCUGCUUUUUCCAAGGCCGGUCCCAAGCGCAGCAACCCGCUCGCGCGGGGCAGCGCAGGACGCGGAAACCUCCUCCAGGGCUCCGGCUCUGGAGACUUCCUGGGCGGGGGUAUGCCAGGUCUUGGUCUGCCUGGCAGAGAUGUCGGCUCUGGCGCCAUGUCGUCAUUGGCAGCCUUGCGCCCGAAGUCCAAAGCGAGGCCGAAGAUCGGCUCUCUGCCCGGUGGUCCCAUCGACUGGAGCCAGAGGGAGGUCAUGACGCUUUACGAGAGAUUCAAAGAAGCUUUUCAAGAAAGAUGUCAAGCUGCUACCAAGGAGGAGGAGCCUGCGGCCGCACUGGCGCAAGAGUUUCUUGCCGCCCAUGGCACUCAGGUCCAGAAGAUGCUCGACAAGUUUGAGCCAGACGGAAAACUUCGGGAAGGCGAGUCGGUUCCGGCCAGUGCCUACAACGACUUCUACAAGUGGACCAUGCUGCCAGUUACCCGAGCAGUGGAGCGAGGAGCAGGAGCUGUGCAGUGCACAUUCUCCGCCAACAUCCGAGACGCAGGGCUCAGCAAAGCUCUAGUGGAAGCGGCCAGGCAGGACCCGCCGGGUCCGCUUUUCGACUGCCUCAAGUCCGGUCUCCAGGAGCUGGCAUCUCGGCCCUUUGAUGUGGCAAUCUUCGACCGCUGCCGAAAAGAUUCGGCCCUUCCGGGCUGGGACGACGAGACGCUCGCUGCCGUUUGCGGCACGGCUGAGUGUCCUAGAACACUGGCGCAGGAGGUAGACGUCGACCCCAAAGGUGCUCGACGGUUACCCGCGGAUGCCAACAACGUGCUGUUGCAGGCAUUUGUGGGGCACGACAUCAAGUCUGGCAGUGAUCGCGUCUAUGUUGAAGCCACAGGUCCCUGGCACAGGGUUACGUGGCUGGAGACCAGCAUGAUGCAAGUGAUCUACGAAACGUUCUUCCGACUACGGAUGCGUGAGAGGUACGGCUCAGAGGACAGCAGUUGGUAUGCUCGGUGGUUGGCCGAAGCAUUCAUUCGCUCUGCGAGGAGCGUCCUCGCCGCCAAGGCCUCCAAAAUGAGAGGUGUAAUCAUGACAGGAAGACGGACUGGUGGGCUGGCUCUCAUGAUGCUGCAGGGGAUGUUCAUUCAGAGUACUUUCCGUGAUGCGGAAGGAAAACCGCUGUGUCUAGGAACUUCCUCCGUCACGGUGCACUACUGGCUGAAAGACGCCGGCGUGCCGCCAGAGCUAUUGCCCGUCGCAGCCGGUACCCAUGCCCACGAGCUCUCUAUGGUCUGCUCGGCUGUGCUGUCAGAUGUUGAUGAUGCAGCAGGCCUGCCGAUGUCACAGGCCGUGGGGCAUGCGCUGUACUUCCUCUGCUCAAGGCCAGGAGGCGACGUGCGCGAGGCAGGUCGCAAGGCCUUGAUGCCCAUGUUGCCGGACACGCUCGGCACAAAGAGCUUCUUCAGGACCGUGUCGCAGCUGAAGGUUCCGGAGGGCCCCCAGAAGGGUGAGCCCUUCCUGAGCGUCAUCGGCACGGCUCGACAGGACUCCGGUACCUUGGAGGGCUUCAGAGAUCUCGUCAAAGGGUUUGGCUUCGAGGGCGGACUGAUGGCCUCUGAAAUAGAGGAAGGCCAGAACUUGCUUGACGCGAGCGCACUGGGGUACGGAACCUUUGGUGCUGGUGGCUUUUUUGGAGACUCCGAGAAGGCCUGGAGCAAGGAGGGUUCCAACAUCAGUAUGGCCAUCAAGGUCCUUGUGGUCCAUGUGAACGGCCAGCGCACCUCGUUCGAUCCUGUCAAGACAGGAGAUCCCAGCAAAGGUGGCGAAGGAAAGUUCGAAGCCGACGGACUCAUGGCCGCCGAGAGGUUGGAUGCCUUAAAAGCCCGGACCAAGCUCAUGCAGGAGGCGGAGGCCAAGCUGCCCGCCGAGGAGCUUCAGAAGCUUUUUGAGGAGACUGUGACUCGCUUCCGGGCCUCGUCGUAG